AUGAAGCAUAUCGGGCUGGUGAUCAGUGAUACUUUGGUCACCCAGGAAUUCAUUCGAAAUCACGUCGUGGAAUUUGUAGUGAAUGACGAAAAUGACUGUCGACAUGUACUUGCUAGCGUGGCCGAUGCCGCUUUUCGAUUUGAAGCUAACGGAACUCUAGAUCUGGCAUUCGUGAAAAAUCAGAAACGUAGGGCAGAGCGUCCGUUGUCAUUUGGUGAUGUAAUCGAGUGGGAUGACGUAGAUAUGAAGAGCAACAGAGUGAUUUUCAAGUUCCGAAGAAUGCCUGCUUUGUUCGAGCCUCGUGUAAACGAGCAGAAAUUUCAGAUACUCGUGACCGGUGUGGUUUCCCCAGUGGAUAAGUUCCACUUUUGGUCUGAAUAUUUCUCACAUGUUCGACUUGGUUAG